CCCCCCCACCACCACAAGCCCCUCCCACUAGACACACAGCCGGUUCCAGCCUUGACCCAGCCUAUAAAAGAUGAAGGCGUUUACUUUCCUCUUCAUUUCAACUCGAGAUUGCGUGGCGAGCGCGUCUAACCAGUGUUCAGAAGAAUGAGGGUCAUCAUGUUGGUGGUGGCGGCGGCGUGCGUAGCGGCGUGCGCGGCCCAAAGGGAACUGCCGCUGCCCACGCUCACCGACAGGGAGCGGCAGCAAUUCCUUGAGAACAUUGACCUCGCCGUGGACUGCAUCAUCCAGCCCAAGAAGGGAUGCCACAGAUACAGCUACGACGUGCGACGUCUGAUGCCGGAGCUGAUCAGCAAUGGGUUCGAAUGCAACUGUGAGGCUCAGAAGGACGUGAACCUCUUCAAACAAGAGCUGCAAAAAAGGGCCAAUAAAAAGGCUUUCCGCCGCCUCGCCUUGUGGGUCAACACUGAGGCGGCGCUGCAGAGCUGAGCCUCUUCCUGCCCCAACCAGGGUCGGGCUGCCAAGCCACUCUCCCCCAACUCUUCCUCCACUCCCCCGCCAGCCCCGAGGCAACACCACAGGCAUUACUUCACCCAAGGCCCCUCACGAACACGCCUCUGUAUCAUCUCCGCUAGUCAUCGCGAGCACCGGCUGCCGCGGAGGUCAAGGCGACCCUCCCUGGCGUGCAGCCGCUUCCCGAGGUGCCUCCACUCUUCACAGCGACCAACAGGCAUUCUUUGAUCCAUGACUGACGCGAAUUACUUUAGUUGUUGACCGUUCCGAACACUUUCGCAGUUUAAAUCAAUAAACUUCGAGACACAAAAUGCA